CCCCUUCUGUUGAGGCUGCCAAGGCUGGAGUCAGGAGAAGAGUCCUGCACUCUGCCCAGUCAAAUCAUGUCUUGUCACCUUCAGGGCAGCACAAACAUUCUGACUCCCUCUCAGCAAUAUCUACACCCAGCUCUCCAGCCCACAUAGGACAUUAGGCUUCAACACACAGGACGCCACAAAAGACGCCAGGUAUCACAGUGUCCUGGUCAGAGGCUGCCAUGACGAAGACAUCAACGUGUAUAUACCACUUUCUUGUCUUAAAUUGGUAUAUCUUCCUCAAUUACUACAUCCCACAACAUGGAACAGAUCGGGAGAAAUUAGUACUCUUUCAAGAUGGUGUACAGUCCAAGUACUUGACAGUCCUGAAUCUGCUCUUACAGGCCAUUUUCUUUGGGGUCGCCUGCUUGGAUGAUGUGCUAAAAAGAAUUCAAGGAAGAAAAGACAUUAAGUUCAUAACUGCCUUCAGAGAUCUGCUUUUUACCACACUGGCUUUUCCUAUAUCCACUUUUGUAUUUUUGGCAUUCUGGAGCCUCUUUCUUUAUGAUCGAAAUCUCAUUUACCCCAAGGCCCUGGAUAAUGUCUUUCCACUAUGGCUGAAUCAUGCAAUGCACACCUGCAUAUUGCCUUUCUCAUUGGUUGAAGUCAUCCUCAGACCACAUCACUAUCCAACGAAAAGAACAGGACUCAUCUUGUUGGGGACUGGUGUUCUCGGUUACAUAACCAGGGUCAUCUGGAUCUACUUUCAGACAGGUACAUGGGUAUAUCCUGUGUUUGCCACACUCAGCCCCCUGGGAAUGGCAGCCUUCUUCUCUCUCAGUUACAUCUUGAGUGCCAGUAUCUACCUGUUUGGAGAGAAGCUCAACUACUGGAAAUGGGGUGACAUGAUGCAGCCAUGGAAGAAGAGGAGGUAAUUGCAUGCCACUUCCUAAGAGCCAAGGAGGAAAAGAACACUAGAGUCUUUAAGCUCUUAAAAAUGUAUGAUGUCCGUUGGUGAAGGGUGGAAGGUAGAUAAGUAGAAAGGGCAGAGAGUAGAAUUUAACUAAUACAGGAUUACAGUGGUAGCCUCAUUAGAAGACUGGUAGUUUCUUGAAAAGUGGAAUGCAUGUUCUAGAAACAACUCCUGCUACCUCCGAAUUUGUAUCCAUAUGUAACCUCCACCAGGGAUGAUCUCUUGAACAAAUCUGGAUAAAGGAUUUCCUAUGAAGUUGGUGUGACAGUGAGAUUUACAGAGAGAAGGAUGGAGGAAUUAGAAAUCAUCCAAACAGUUCACCUUAGAAAGGAGGAUGGAGAGGACCAGGCAGCAGUCAUAGGGGUCAAAAUGCAGACCCUGGCUCCCACUUCCUACAUCUCCUAACUCCCAGAUCUAAGCCAUAGCCCAGUAGUUCCAAUUCUCUAAAAAGACCUGUUUUAGUAAGCCAGUUGUUUUCACGAGCAUCUCAUCUAUUCCUUUUCUUGCUUUAGAAAUGUAUGCUAUUCAAACUGUCUACCUGAAACUAGGAAAAAUUAAUCAAGGCAAGGAGCAAACCAUUUCUAAUGAAUAUUGGGAAGUUUCUCUCAGAGCAGACAUUUGGGGUUUGAUAUAAAUAUUCAACAUAGUAACAUUAUCAAAAUCUUUCCCACGCAAAUACUAAUUCUGGCUGGGCCAGAAUUACAGGCUCAUGCCUAUAAUCCUAACUACUCAGGAGGCUGAGACUUGAGGAUUAUGGUUUAAAGUCAGCCCAGGCAAGAAAAUCUGUGAGUCUUUUACCUCCAGUUAACUACC